AUGUAUCAGAGCUCCCAAGUGCACCUUUUCUGUCCUUUCGCCCUCCAGACCAGCGCUCAUGUGCACAUCUCAGGCCUCCACCCCACUUUUGAGGCACCUCAAUUGCCGCAUUCGCAUGUGUGUCCUACCCUCCCUCCAUCCCUCUCUCCCUCCAGACCAGCUCUCAGGUGCACAUCUCAGGCCUCCACCCCACCAUUGACAGCCACCCCCCUGCUCCCACCGCCGCUGCACUCCCCAUCCCACCCUCUGCCCGCCCCUCCUCGUCCCUCCGCCUCCUGCCCCUCCCCCUCUCUCUCCGACUCCCCCGCCAUCCGCCCCACCAUCACCUCCUCUGCCUCCGCCUCUCACUCCUCCCUGCUUAACUCAACAUCCUUCUCUCUCAACCGCUCGUCACUGACCUCUCUGAUUGGAGCUCACGGCAAGGAGCCGUUCCUUAUUGGCGUGUCAGGGGGAACGGCAUCGGGCAAGACAACAGUGUGUGAGCAGAUCAUUCAACAACUGCACGACCACCGGGUGGUGCUGGUGCACCAGGACUCCUUCUACCGAGGGUUGACAGAGGAGGAGCUGAAGCAUGCCAGUGACUUUAAUUUUGAUCAUCCUGACGCUUUUGACACGGAUGCGCUGCUUUCAACCAUCGUAGCUCUCAAGGAAGGCCAGUCAGUGGAGAUCCCAGUGUAUGACUUCAAGACACACCAACGGAGCACGGCCGUGAGGAAGGCCUCUGGAUACUCACCAAACCCCUCAAACCCCCCCUCUUCCCUUCCUGUCUCCCUCUUUCCCGCCUGCCUCCCCUUCUUCCCCCACCCUUACCCUCCACUGAAACACCCACAUCAGACCAACUCUGCUGACGUCAUUGUUCUCGAGGGCAUCCUAGUGUUCCACGAUGCGAGGGUGCGAGCACUGAUGAACAUGAAGAUAUUUGUGGAUACAGAUGCCGACGUGCGAUUGGCCAGGAGGAUCCGCAGGGACACGCUGGAGCGAGGGCGCGACGUGCAAGGGGUGAUUGACCAGAUCGACGUGCAAGGGGUGAUUGACCAGGUGCGUGUGAUUAUCACGAGGGAUAUUGAUCAGGUGCGGGGUAUGCACACGCUCAUCCGAAACAGGGACUCCAAGAAACAACUCGUCUUCUCCAUGCCUCAUUCCCUCUGCCCCUCUCUCCCCAUCAACCACCCCUCUCUUAUGCCACCAGGUGCGGGUAUGCACACCCUCAUUCGCAACAGGGACACCAAGAAGCACAACUUUGUCUUUUACAUGCCGCAUUCCCUCUGCCGCUAUCCCCCCCCCCCGCAACCCCGUCUCUCUAAUGCCACCAGGUGCGGGUCUCAUAUUUGCUUCCCACCUCCUCCCCUCCUCUUCCCCUCCUCUUCGCCUCCUCCUCCCCUCCUCUUCGCCUCUUCUUCCCCUCCUCUUCCCCUCCACUUUCCUUCCUCUUUCCCUCCUCUUUUCCUCCACUUCCCGUCCUCUUUCCUUCCUCUUUCGCUUCCUCCCCCCCAUCACCACCAUCAGCUCGUGGAGCAUGGGCUAGGCCACCUUCCUUUCACUGAAAUUCAAGUCACCACCCCGACGGGCUCAACAUAUGUGGGUAUCAACUUUAGCAAGAAGCUAUGCGGAGUGUCCAUAAUUCGCAGUGGCGAGAGCAUGGAGAAUGCGUUAAGAGCAUGCUGCAAGGGAGUGAAGAUUGGGAAGAUAUUGAUUCACAGAGAGGGGGACUAUGGCAAGCAGGGAGUGAAGAUGGGCAGAACACCCAUCCACAGGGAUGGCGACUUUGGCAAGCAGGGACAUCUCCCAGAGGCAUUCUUUCUCCCCCUUCCUCACAUCUUUGCUCCCUCACUCCCCAUACUCCACCUCCCCCAUCCCCUUUCUGCAAUCUUCCGCCAGCUCAUACACGAGAAGCCCCCCCGAGACAUCAUCUCACAGAGGCAUUCUUUCACCUUGUUUAUCUUACCUCCCCUCCUUGCUCCCCAUGCUCUCUACCCCUCCUCUUCCCCCUUUCCAUCCCCGCCAGCUGAUAUACGAGAAGCUCCCCGGGACAUCGCCCAGAGGCAUGUCAUGCUGCUCGACCCUGUGCUGGCGUCAGGUGAGGCUUUACCCCCCUCCCUCCUCGCCUGGCACGUGAUGCUGCUGGGCCCGGUGCUCUCCUCAGAUAAGCACCCUUAUCCCGGCCGCUCUGCCAUCAAGGCUAUCGAGCUGCUGCUGCACCGAGGGGUGCCUGAGGAGCGAAUCAUCUUCCUCAACCUCAUCUCGGCCCCAGAGGGCAUUCACAAAGUGUGUCGGUGCUUCCACCACCUCAAGAUCGCCAUGCCUUCCCAUUUACCUUUCCUGCUCCCACCCACCCUUCUCUCUGCUCCUUCUUCGCCUGUUGCAAACCUCCAUCCUCCCGCCAGGCACCGGAGGGCAUUCACAAUGUGUGCCGCCGCUUCCCCCACCUCAGCGUCCCUGUGUCUUGUUCUUUCUCUGCCCUUCCAUUGCUCGCCUCCUCUUCGCGCCCCUUCCAUUCCCUACACCCCCACCACUCCUCCCCCCCCCCAAGGCUCCGGAGGGCAUUCACAAUGUGUGCCGCCGCUUCCGCCACCUCAAGGUCCUUACUCAUCUUUGUUCUUUCUCCUGCCUUCCCUGCACCCACCCAUCCUUCCCUCCCCCAGCCCCCGGAGGGCAUUCACAAUGUGUGCCGCCGCUUCUGCCACCUCAAGGUCCAUACUCAUCUCUGUUCUUUCUCCUGCCUUCCCUGCACCCACCCAUCCUUCCCUCCCCCAGCCCCCGGAGGGCAUUCACAAUGUCCCCCGGAGGGCAUUCACAAUGUGUGCCGCCGCUUCCGCCACCUCAAGGUCCAUACUCAUCUUUGUUCUUUCUCCUGCCUUCCCUGCACCCACCCAUCCUUCCCUCCCCCAGCCCCCGGAGGGCAUUCACAAUGCCCCGGAGGGCAUUCACAACGUGUGCCGCCGCUUCCCCCACCUCAAGAUCGUGACAUCGGAAAUCGACUCGGGGAUUAACGAGGAGUACAGAGUGGUGCCAGGAAUGGGGGAGUUUGGGGACCGGUACUUUGGUACAGAGGAGGGGGAUGCUGGGAGGGAUGAUGAGAGGGAUGGUGAUGGUGACGCUUUUGAGGCGGAUGGGGAGUUCGGAGACAGGGAUGGGGAGUUCGGAGACGGAGAUGGGGGAGUUCGGAGACAGGGAUGGGGGAGUUCGGAGACAGGGGGGAGUUCGGAGACAGGGAUGGGGGAGUUCGGAGACAGGGAUGGGGGAGUUCGGAGACAGGGAUGGGGGAGUUCGGAGACAGGGAUGGGGGAGUUCGGAGACGGGGAUGGGGGAGUUCGGAGACAGGGAUGGGGGAGUUCGGAGACAGGGAUGGGGGAGUUCGGAGACAGGGAUGGGGGAGUUCGGAGACAGGGGGGAGUUCGGAGACAGGGAUGGGGGAGUUCGGAGACAGGGAUGGGGGAGUUCGGAGACAGGGAUGGGGGAGUUCGGAGACAGGGAUGGGGGAGUUCGGAGACAGGGAUGGGGGAGUUCGGAGACAGAAAUGGGGGAGUUCGGGGACAGGGGAUGGGGGAGUUCGGAGACAGGUACUUUGGCACAGAGGAGGGGGAUGAUGGGAGGGUUGAUGAUGGGGAUGGGGAUGGGGAUGGGGAUGGGGAUGGGGAUGGGGAUGGUGAUGGUGACGGUGAUGGUGAUGGCGAUGGUGAUGGCAGGCAAUGCUUUUGA